AUGUUGAAAACACAUUCAUUGGCAAUCUUGUUAGUGUGUGGAAUAAUUGCAGUUUGCACAACAAUCUAUCUUGUCAAAAUAUCUAAACAAGUUAUUCUACUUGAAAACGACACACGUCAAUCAUGUGAAAAUGAUUUACCUUGCAAUCUAACAUCAACAACUCUAACAAAAUCAGAAGAAGAACUCUUUAUUGAUACUUCUUCAUUCAAAUUCACAGAUAAUGCAAAAUCAAUCACUGCUCUCAUCAAAACUAAUCUUUCUUCCAAAAUAUUCGAAUGUUCAGAAUUAAUUCUAAACGAAAGUGUUUUAGGAAAGGGAGCAAAAUGUUUAUUGAAUGGAGAAACGAAUCGAUUGAUAAUUGAAUUGGGGAGUGAUGCUUCAAUCCUCAAGAUGGGUGGAUUAUCUGUUAGAAAACACUUUUCAAGUUCAAUUGUAGAAAUUGUAACUGUCAAGUGGGGAAAACGAAAGAAUGAAUUGACAGUUAGUUUGACAGCGGACAGAUCGCAUAUUUUAAAAGAUAAGGCAAGGUCCUCUCUGUUGCAUUUGGAAGCAUUUGUAUCUAGUGUAGUUCCAGCUAGUAGUUCAGAAGUGUCGUGGAAAGUUAUCAAGGCUCCUUCGAAUAGCGCAUUCGAAACUUUAAAAGCUUCUCUUUCAACCAUUACAGAUAGUUCAAUAACAAUGAGAGUUUCAAAUCUUGAUAUUGGUGUCUACACAGUCCAAGUAUCCGUCAGAAAUUCCAAAUCUGAAUCUGCCUCAGCCACCACCUCGUUCGAAAUAAUCGACGGUGCUGCUCCAAUAGUUUCCAUUCAAAAUCAGAAAGAUCUCAAAUUCAUCAUUGGAAAUUUGUACAUUAUCUCACCAAUCAUUUCAUUUCCAAAAGAUUAUAAGGGUUCUGCCAAGAUGGAUAAACUCAAAUUUACAUAUACUCUAGAAAGUGGACCUGCUAAAUUGGAUAUUAUUCAGAAGGGAGAUUUAUUAGUGUUGAGUAAUGAUUAUACGUAUAUUCCUACAGAGGGAGAGUAUGUGUUUAAAUUGACAGUUCAGGAAGAGGGAGUUCCAGAUGGUUCAGUAACGUUUAAGGUUACAGCAACAUCACUUGCCAAACGAAUUGUGUUUGAACCAUUGUGA